CCAUCUCUCUCGACAUAUAUGUAUGUGUGUGCAUCUGCCUGUGUGUGUGUAUGUGUGCGUGUAGAACGGUGAUUUUCAACUAAGAAGAUAAUAGUAAUUGUCGUCGAUGUGUGCUGAUCUGACAUAUAUGUCAAAGAGGCAUGUCUUAGUUUCUUCUCUUGAAAAGUGCCUAAACAUACUGACGAAGUAUUAUGUAUUAACAAAACUAUCAAGCUGACCAUCUAUAGCAACACCGACGUUAAUAUCAAGCACAUCAAAACCGUCGAUAAAGAGCAAACGCAUCGAACACUGCAGCCACAUCAACACCGAAAAUAUUAAAAAUUCAUCUGUGAACAAUUGAUAUCAAAUCCAUUAAAUAUUCUUAAACGACCAUAAAUCCUAACAAAAAUAAAACAAAUAACUUAUAGAAGCAGGUUCAAUUGUGUGACGAUUACAGCAUUACAGCAACAAUACCAACAAGAUAAACUAUGCCGUCUUAUACGAUUCACUACUUCAACCAUCGCGGCCGUGCUGAAGUAUGCCGUAUGCUUUUAGCAGCUGCUGGCGUCAAGUACAAUGACCGCAGGAUCGAAUCUUCAGAAUGGGCUGUCAUGAGAGAACUGAUGCCGUGUAGUAUGAUGCCAGUUCUUGAAUUUGAUGAUGGAACAAAAAUUCCACAAAGCAUGGCUAUGGCUAGAUUUCUUGCAACAGAAUAUGGUUUCCAUGGUAACACAAAUAUGGAGAAACUUCGAGUGGAUUAUAUAUCGGACUGUUUCUACGAUAUCCUCGAUGACUACCUUAGGAUGUACCACGAUGAGCAUGGCAGAAUGAGGUUUGAACAGUUUGGUGUCAUGUCUAAUGGAACUUCAGAACAAUAUUUGCGAUUCCAGUCAACUUGCAGACGAAUUCUUCCAUAUAUGGAAAAAGCGCUAGAAAUGCGCUCCAGUGGCAAUAAAUUUUUCAUGGGUGAACAGGUAAUCAGUUAUACCCACAGCAUUCAUAUUACUCGGAACUUCGAAUGUCGGAACGAAGAACUACGUUACAUAGCGUCUAUUGACAUUAAUAACCGACGAGAAUGUAUCGCAGCUUCGACAUUUGAAACUCCGACUACUAUAAUGAUAACCUUUUACUGUUUGUUCUAA